GAGUUGAAAUCGGAGGAGCUCGGCUGGCGGGUGUAGGUGAGGGAGGCGGGUGUCAGGCAACUGAGUCGGUGAAGAGGCGGCUGGUUAGGGCUUCGAGCAUCGACGGGAGGAAGAAGAUGGACGUCAGAGAGGAACAGGAGCUUCCUUGACUGGGUACUGGUGAAGUCUUCCACCAUUUGGCUUCAGGUGAGUUCUCGAUUCCUUUUGCUUUCAAUCUGUUGUGCUUUUGUGCUCGGUUGGUUUAAUGGCUGGCAAUUAUUUUCAAUCGAAAUUUGGAUCUCCCCACAUCAAAAUUGUUAUAGGAGCUUCUCUUAUGAAAAUGAUGACUUCUUGAAAUGUCUGGCUGGGAGAUGCUUAUUGCAUGAGUUAAUGAGCAUCAAAGUUGUCCUACAAAUAAUGGUGGAUUAGUGGGGUUGGUUUGCUGUUUUUCAUUUUAAUUUUCCGAAAUGAUUAUAAGUAUAUUUUUAAAAUUUAUGGAAUGCUUUAAUGGAACCUUGGAGGCUGAAACUGAUCUUUUGAAUUCUUCAAGCAAUUCCUUACUUGCAAUUUGGCCUUCUGAACACAUCUACUCCCUCUUUUUGAUCCAUUACCUCUCAACUAACUAGAAGCAAGGAACAUUAUCUUGCCACUAUAUCUCUAUAUCCCUCUCAUACACCUCUUCAUUACAAAAACGGAGGUGAGAUUGAUCAACCCAUGAUGGCUCCUGCCACCAACAACCACCAUGAAGAUGAGCCCACCCAGCACAGAUUGGAGCAAGACAUCCGAAAAACAAUCUCCCACCUCACCCGUCACCUCACUGCUCUCCAUAGCUCGGUUGAUCAUGACGUGCCAUAUAAUCGCGAUGGCGUCCGCAUAAUCACACUCACGGGAAAUAAUAAUGGCGCGACGAUGAAGAUCGAUGGAGCUGCGGUUGGACAAAUGGUGGAGACACAUGGAAUGCUACUGGGGGAUGAGAAGACUAUGAGAGCUUAUUCUAAUAGUAAUUACCAAGCGGUCAACAACUCUGUUUUGCUUGGUGGAAGCUACACGGCUGAAGAUCCCGGCAUUCAUAUAAACUUCCUGGAUUUUCAAAAGGAGGAAGAGGAGGGGGGUGACAAGAAGGAAGAUCAAAAGGGAAUUGAAAAUUUCCAUCAGAGCAAUUUGUCGGCAAUGAAUUGAUUUGAGGAAACAUAUGUUGAGUUGAUAGUGAUCAUUCAAUUCUGAUUUAUAAUCUCAACAUAAGAAUUAUUUAUUGAUUUUAGCUCAAAAUCAACUCUAGUUUACAAUUGAAAACUCAUGAUUCAAUUAGUUAUCGAUCUUGUUAGGAACGAUGAACUAAACACAAAGAGAAAUAAUAAAUCAUGAUCUGCAAAACACAAUCGAACACAAGAGAUUUAUGUGGAAAACCUAAAUAUGAGAAAAAUCACGGGGGAGGAGGGAGAAUAGCUUCACUAUAGAAAAAGGAGACGGAGUACAAACAACUUAUAAACCCUAAGUCAUUUAUAACAUAUUUAUAAGGCAAAAUUAAAGCACCAGAAAAAACAAACUAAAAUCCAAAAUUACCCUUAUAGCCAAAAUCUG